UGAAAAUCCACUGAUCAGAUCUGAAUGAAAAGGGAGGAAACAAACCAAUGAAAAGGGAGGAAACAAACCAAUGAAAAGCGAGGAAACAAACCAAUGAAAAGCGAGGAAACAAACCAAUGAAAAGCGAGGAAACAAACCAAUGCUAAAAUCAAGAUAAUUCAAAAACUGUUUUCAUUGAAAAUCUAAAGAAAAAAACACAGACUCUUUUGAAAUGAAAAGGAGAUAAGAAUGAGCAAAAUAAAGAAUUCAUUAAAAUCUUCUAAAAAGAUAUCGGAGUAAGUGGAAGAAAAACUAAUCAACAAAGACGGGAUGGAACACAAAGACGGGAUGGAACACAUAGACGUGAUGGAACACAAAGACGUGAUGGAACACAAAGAUGUAAAUAAUAUCAGAUCCCCUAAUCCUUGCCAGGUGUACUACAACCUCGGAGCUGAGUUGUCGGACGAGGAUGAACCUGAAGAAGCUCCAGGUACCUCAUUUGCACAGGAGGAACGGUUUCCGCCUGGAGAGGAACGGAAGAAAGAGGAGAUAUGGAACCGUGGCAGUGUUCCUCCAGAUCUAGUGGCGUCUGCGGAACGGUUUCGAGUUAUAAAAGAAGAACCCAGAAAGAAUAGCUCUAGUUUAUUUCAGGGUUCUCAUGAAACCUAUAUUGGGCCUAGUACUGAGAAGAGUAAACCUCUCAGUGUAGACCAGAACCAUGUUCAAGACACCUCCACGAACAGUUCUGGUAUACCAGACUAUAACCGAUUUGAACUAGACCGGUACACAAACUUGGAGGACCUCCUGGACGGGGAACCGUGGGAGGAGGCCGACUUCGCCCCCGGGGGCAAGGUUGACCUCGUGGUGAGGAUCCAGGAGGGGGUGCAGGGCAGGGAAGGGUUCUGGGGAAGGAGGGAGGGCGAGGGGUAUAGAGGUACCAGAACUAGGAUUGUACAUCAGCUUGGAGCUAGAGAUUGGUUGGAACAAUGUGGGUCUAACCCAUGUACAGCUUACUGUACAGUUAUGUGAUUAUAAACACUGCAUACAGCUAUGUGAUUAUAAUCACUAAAUAGUUAUGUGAUUAUAAACACUGUACAGUUAUGUGAUUAUAAACACUGUACAGUUAUGUGAUUUUAAACACUGUAUACAGUUAUGUGAUUAUAAACACUAUACAGUUAUGUUAUUAUAAACACUGCACAGUUAUGUGAUUAUAAACACUGUACAGUUAUGUGAUUUUAAACACUGUAUACAGUUAUGUGAUUAUAAACACUAUACAGUUAUUUUAUUAUAAACACUGCACAGUUAUGUGAUUAUAAACACUGUACAGUUAUGUUGUUAUAAACACUGCACAGUUAUGUGAUUAUAAACAAUCUUAUGCAAAGAAAAUAAUUAUAUAUUUAUGUGUGAUUUUUUUUAAAUGUGCCAAAACUGUACAGUUUGGGUGCCAAGGCAUAAAGAGUGUACACUGUACAGCUUUAGUAGCGCCAUGUACAUCGAUGAUAUUAUACUGCACAGCUGUAAUAAUGAAAUAUCUGUCUGUAUCCAUGGAAAAUUGUAUCAAUGUUUUCUCAAAUAUUUAGAAUAUGAAUAAGAAUUCAAAUUAUAUAUAUCACCAUUUAUACAUUUAUUCAAAAUAUCCAUAUUUGCUUAAAUAAACAUCAGCGCUAAGUGUA